AUGGGAAAUUCUCAGGGAAAGCCAGUGGCUUGUAAUGAUGCGGUUAACCUUAACCACUUCCGCCUCCUUCGCGUGGUCGGAAAAGGUGCCUUUGGAAAGGUCCGCAUUGUCGAGCGCAAAGACACCGGCUUGACGUUUGCGCUCAAGUAUAUCCGUAAAGAGGAAGUGGUUCGGUCGGAGAGUGUAAGAAAUAUCAUUCGUGAACGAAGAAUGCUGGAGCAUCUGAAUCACCCGUUCCUUUGUAACUUGCGCUACAGUUUCCAAGAUAUGGAAUACAUAUAUAUUGUGGUUGAUCUCAUGAAUGGCGGUGAUCUUCGAUUUCAUAUCUCGCGGAAAUGUUUUACGGAAGAGGCGGUACGGUUCUGGAUGGCCGAGCUUGGUUGUGCCUUGAAGUAUAUCCAUUCUCAGGGCAUCAUUCAUCGAGACCUGAAGCCAGACAACGUGCUCUUGGACUCCGAAGGCCAUGUCCACUUGGCUGACUUUAAUGUCGCGUCGGACUUUCGACCAGGCAAGCCUCUCACAAGCAAGUCUGGAACCCUGGCGUAUCUCGCCCCAGAGGUGUACGAGGGUAGUGGCUACUACUUUGAAGUCGAUUGGUGGUCUCUGGGUGUCACAUUCUAUGAAUGCAUCUACAACAAGCGACCAUUCGAAGGCCGCAGCCAAGAUACUCUGAGUGAAAAUAUCAAGAAAGCCCAACCGAAAUACUAUGUCACCAACCCCGCCGUAUCGGUUCCCUGUUUACGUGCCUUGGGAUCAUUGAUGGAACGCGACCGGAGUCGUCGAAUUGGUGCUAUCGGAUUUGAAACCUUCACCUCCCAUAUGUUCUUCGCCGAUAUUGAUUUCGCUGCCCUCGAGCGGAAGGAGAUUCCUCCUGUUUUCCGGCCCUCCAGCGACAAGACAAAUUUCGACGCGACAUACGAUUUGGAGGAAUUGCUCUUAGAAGAGGCACCUUUGGAGGCGCGAGCUCGGCGACAGAAGCCUCGCGCGGAGCUUCGUGACGACGCCACUGCGAAGGAAAUUCGAGAUGAUGAGCUGCAUCGGUUGAUAGAGACCAUGUUCGAGCCUUUCGACUAUACACUCGUAAACUUCCAAGGGAAUGCUGCUGACGCGAUCGCGGCUGCAACGAACCCCGAAGAUAUUCUUCCCAUCGCCACUGCGACCACGACCGCUCACGCCCGUCACCCCUCGCAUCCUGAAUCCUCUAUACCCCGCCCGCAGCAUGAAGCGCCAUUGCCCCCUUUGCCUCACAAUGAGAACUUGACCACACUGAGCGAGAAUCUCGAUCCAAAUGACCCGACCUCUCCCUACCCGCCUCCUUCUCCGUCGACUCGGGCAUCUGCCUCCCCUCCCCCCCACUACUCCAUCCUUCCAUCGCCCAUUACCUCAAGCUCGGCCGCGCGGGGCCAUAAGGAAACCAAGCAAAGGAGGAGCUCCCUUCCUGCAGAAGGACUUGAAGGCGACGGCAAGGGUAAAAGUUCAAACAGCGGCAUGCUCUCCUUCCUCAGUCGGAAAAAGGGCCGUGACCGCAGCCCCAAGCCCACCGAACCGGGUGUACUGGGCAAAGAAGGAGCUCGACAGAUCAUCAGCAGCUAA